AUGCCAAAGCAGUUUCGUUACAAGCAUGUGCAGGCUUUUACCUCACAUCCUCCUCUGUGGGCAUUCUUUUUUGUUCUGGAUUGUUUCAAGAUAGCACUCUCUCCUUUGCUCAUGAGACCAGCUGAUGUAGAAAGGACUAGUCAGUUGACCAUCUUCUUAGAAAUGGGAGUAGCCCAGAACACAACAUCUACAAUCCCAGUGAAUGUAGGUGUGGUUCUUGACUUGGAUUAUUUGGAUGCCAAUGUUUCAUUGAGCUGCAUCAACAUGGCCCUUUCAGACUUCUAUGCUGCUCAUGGUGACUACAAAACCAGACUGGUCCUCACCACCAGGGACUCCAAGAAAGAUGUUGUUGGUGCAGCUGCUGCAGGUUCCCUCUCUGCCCCGCUCGUGCAAGCAAUAUUGGGGCCAACAACAUCAACGCAAGCCAAUUUUGUUAUUGACCUUGGAGAAAAAGCUCAGGUGCCAAUAAUAUCGUUUUCUGCAACGAGUCCUUCUCUUACUUCCAUUAGGAGUUCCUAUUUUUUUCGAGCUAUGCAUAAUGACUCAACUCAAGUGAAUGCCAUAAGUGCAUUGGUUCAAGCCUUUGGAUGGAGAGAAGCAGUACCCAUCUACAUCGACAAUGAAUAUGGAGAAGGAAUCAUACCUUAUUUGACUGAUGCUUUGCAAGCAGUUGAUGCUCGUGUCCCCUACCGGAGUGUCAUUUCGUCAUCAGCUACUGACGAUCAAAUUGUUAAGGAGCUUUAUAAGUUGAUGACGAUGCAAACUAGAGUUUUCAUUGUGCACAUGUAUCGGUCUCUUGGAACUCGGCUUUUCACCAAAGCUGAAGAGAUUGGAAUGAUGAGUGAAGGAUAUGUUUGGAUCAUGACUGAUGGUCUGACUGCUGAUUUCUUGACUUCACCAAAUCCUUCUGUCAUUGAUACAAUACAAGGGGUAUUGGGUAUUAAACCUUAUGUUCCAACAACAAAAGAGCUUGAAAGUUUUCGAGUUCGGUGGAAAAGGAAAUUCCUACAAGAUAAUCCAAAUAACAUUGAUGCUGAGUUGAACUUUCAUGGACUAUGGGCCUAUGAUGCUACUACAGCAUUGGCCAUGGCAGUUGAGAAAGCUGGAACUAAAAUUUUUGGCUUCCAAAAGGCAAAUGUUUCUAGCAAUUCAUCCUCGGAUCUUGCAACUCUUGGCAUCUCUUUAAAUGGUCCACGCCUUCUUCAAGCUCUAUCAAACACUAGUUUCAAAGGCCUCACAGGAGAUUACCUUUUUGUUGAUGGGCAGUUGCCAUCACAAGCUUUCCAGAUAGUUAAUGUAAACGGAAAUGGAGGAAGAGAGAUUGGAUUUUGGACACAGACAGAAGGACUUGUAAAAAAUUUGAAUCCUAGCAUAAACAAACUUAGGAAUUCAACUUCUGCGUCCGGUAUCUCAACUGUAAUUUUUCCAGGGGAUACAACUUCUGUUCCUAAGGGUUGGGAGACUCCCACAAAUGAGAAGAAGUUGAAAAUAGGAGUGCCAGUGAAGGAUGGCUUCAGUGAGUUUGUGGCAGUGACAGAAGAUCCUAGUUCCAACACCACAAAAUUCACCGGAUACUGCAUAGAUGUUUUUGAUGCUGUAGUCAAAGCAUUACCUUAUGCUUUGCCUUAUGAGUACAUCCCCUUUGCCAAGCCUGACGGCAAGCCUGCCGGAACUUACAACGAUCUGGUCUAUCAAGUGUACUCAAAGAAUUACGAUGCUGUGGUUGGAGACGUGACCGUUAUCUUCAACAGGUCGUUGUACAUCGACUAUACAUUGCCUUUCACAGAAAGUGGUGUCUCCAUGAUUGUUCCUAUUGCAGACAAGAACAGCAAAAAUGCAUGGGUCUUCAUGAAACCUUUGACAUGGGACCUUUGGGUGAGCAGUUUUUGUUUCUUUGUUUUCAUUGGAUUUGUUGUCUGGGCUCUUGAGCACAGAAUAAAUGAAGAUUUUCGAGGGUCUGCUUCAGAUCAAGCUGGCACUAGCUUCUGGUUUUCCUUCUCGACGAUGGUUUUUGCACAACGGGAGAGAGUGGUCAGCAACUUGUCUAGAGCGGUGAUAAUCAUAUGGUGUUUCGUUGUGUUGAUUCUCACGCAGAGCUACUCUGCCAGUUUAACGAGCCUACUCACCGUCCAGCAGCUGCAGCCUACAGUUACUGAUGUACAUGAACUCAUUAAGACUGGAGAGUAUGUUGGCUACCAGAAGGGUUCUUUUGUUCUCGAAAUCUUGCUAGGCUUGGGGUUCGACAAUUCCAAGCUCUUGGUGUAUAAUUCUCUAGAAGAAUGGCACGAUCUUUUCUCCAAAGGAAGUGGAAACGGUGGUAUUGCUGCUGCUUUCGACGAAGUGGCAUAUCUAAAGCUCUUUUUGUCAAGAUAUUGCUCCAAAUAUACCAUGAUUGAUCCUACAUUUAAAACCGGCGGUUUUGGCUUUGUAAAAUCUCUUUCCAAUCUUGGUAUUUCCAUUUCCUCUAUGGCUAAUAAGUGCAUAGUUUCUCAUGUCUUCCCUAAAGGUUCUCCUCUAGUGCCUGAUAUAUCGAGGGCAAUAUUAAAUGUAACUGAGGGGGAGAAAAUGAAGCAAAUAGAGGAUGCAUGGUUUGGCAAAAAAAGCAGUUGUCCGGAUUCCAGCACCUCAGUUUCAUCUAACAGCCUAAGUCUCGGUAGUUUCUGGGGAUUAUUUUUGAUCGCCGGAUUUGCUGCAUUUUCAGCUCUUAUUAUCUUCAUAGUCAUGUUUGUUUACCGAGAAAGAAGAGCCUUGAGGCCCUCUGAUUCCACAGCUUCAAUAUGGAGUAGAAUUAAAAAUUUCAUUACAAUUUUCAAUCAAAGGGACAUGACAUACCGUACUUUCAGACAGAGUGAACUGAAUGAUAGAAAUGGCAUCAGUCCGGCUACUAUGGGCGUCCCAAGUCCAUCAGCAUAUUCAGUUCAUGCAGAAUUUCCUGCCGAUCCAUCUUCAGCAGGUUAUGAUUCUAGUCCGAGUAGGCAAGCACCGCAAGAGGGAGUUAUAGAUAUCGAUCAGCUUACCGACCAAAAUCAAGAGAGACCAACAGCUUUGGAGAUAGACCAUGAAAAUACAUGA